UUAAAAUAACAAACAUGGCUGCUGAAAACCACAACAGAGCAAUGUGUGAGUUUUCCCGAGUUCGAGCUGUCACCACGGGAUGGAUUGUGGACUUUAUGUUCCUCAGUCUGUGUCGGAGAUUCAAGGAGGGGAAGUUUGAGGAGUUCAACGAGAUAAUUCAGACUUUAGAGGCGGUCACUGAGUGUCCGGCGAAGGAGCUCCAUGAGGAUAAAACGAUGAUCUGUGCCUUCCUCGCAAGAGUCAUGCACGGCAGACAGUUAGAUGUCCAGUUUGAAGAGAAUGAGGACAUGUUGCCUCUGAUGUCUGCGGCCAAAAUCUGGGCUGAUAUCAAGCACACCGUGGCAGAGCAACGUUUGUUCAUCGACAUCCUGGAGCUUUUGUUUGUGCAGUCCGUCGCUGUGUGCUUGAUAUCAGACCAGAUAUCUCAUGCCUGCUUGGCCCUCAAGUGGUUUGAGAAAAACUAUACAUUACCGCAGAACCUGUGUUCCAAGGUGUCGUCGAUGGUGAAGAAGAAGGACCCUCACGACCCGCUCCUCAAUUCCUACAGCUUCCCCCGCCUGCUGGAGACAGUUAAGACUUACCUGGACGCCUACCUGGAGAAAAACCCCUCCGACUACCUUGUCAAGGAAGCCACAAAGGUGCUGCAGGCGUCGCCGGAAAGCGAGAAAUCGGAGGACGACGACUCGACGCAAGACGACUUGACGCAAGACGACUCGACGCAAGACGACGCGACGCAAGACGACGCGACGCAAGACGAAAACAUCCAAACAACAAAGAACAAAACGUGGGAAACAACCCGAGUGUAUUUACUUCCUGUUCCACGUUAUUCUGUUUUAUGA